CUGACUGUACUUGCAUUGAAUAAAUACUCUUUCUUUCUUUUUUCAGUCAGCUCGCGAGAUUUCACAGACUACGGUUGCGUGGCUGUGGCAGUAUUGACGCACGGCAGUAGGAAUGGCCUUCUGAGAGCCAAAGAUACUGAUUACAGUGAGUUGACAAUCAUCAACCAACUGCAGGUCCACGACAAACCAACGUUGGUCACGAAACCUAAAUUGGUCAUCAUCCAGGCCUGCCGGGGCUAUGGAAGUAUGCAGGGUACCACUGUCCGCAGAGCCCAGGGUCAAAUCAUGAAGGACUUGGAUGAGGAGGAGCCCUACACGUUGCCAGUGGAAUCUGACAUGCUGGUACUCCACAGCUCUUACAUUGGGAAACCUUCUGUCAGGGACGAACUCGAAGGGUCCUGGUUCAUCCAAUCUCUGUGUAAGAAAAUCAAUGAGCUGGCCUCAACUCACGAUCUCGAGUCCAUCAUGACCGAAGUCAGGAGAGAGGUGGCAAUAGACAGAGUCCAUGAAGAGCUAAACAGGCGCACUGAUGAAAUGGAUGUCAUCAAACAAAUGCCAGUGGCGACUUCCACGUUGAUAAGGAAACUUUAUUUGAAGAACCCUGUAGGGGAUUCCCCUGGGCCUUCUUCAACUUUAACUACGGACUCUGACCAGCCUCCAAGGCCCUUUCUGGACAAUUCCAUACCAAACACGCCCUUGCUAGUGCAGUUUGGGCCAUGCUCCUGCUUCUUAGAGCAUUUCAAUUAUAUCAUCGAUUGUUUAAGACAUUUCCUGAAUGACAACCCUGAUGACGUAUUGGCACAAUCUUUUCUGGAAAUGGCAGACACCUUCGAGGAUAGUGCAAACUUCAACAGUUCGAAAGAGAAGCUAGCGAAAGCGGUCUGUGCUUACUUAAAAAGUCAAGUUAACAUCAUUCCUUAUUUUAAGUUUUUGUACUUCUAUAAGCAUUAAACUACAGUUUGAAAAUUC